AUGAAGUUUAAAUCAAGCGAAAUAACCUUCAAUAAAAUGCUCAAUAAAGUUUUGAGAUAUCUCUUCUUUCUCAUUUUAACUUUCUGGUUAUCAAUAAGAUCAAAACCAUCAGAAAUUCAACCCAACGACAGAACAUUUCCCCAGAAUAUCUGUAGCAUUUCCCCAGAACUAGUGUCAAUAUCAAAUCGAUUGUGUUGUCUUUGGUCUUCCACGCGCGAUAAUACUUUACGUAAGUCUACUUUACCUCUCAUGUCUAAUCACAGAUAUGGCCUUCAAUUUAACAUUGCGAAUAGUAAUUUGCACCUUCUCUUGUGUAUUCUACUCGCUGGUGAUAUAGCAACUAAUCCUGGACCUGCUUGCAUCUCAACUGAAAUUCGUUCUCAAAACAGCCAGUUGAAGAGCUUAGUCCUCAAUGCAAGAAGUCUAAAGAGUAUUAACCGAGAUGAAGUGUCUAAUCAGCCAGUUUGUAAUCUUCAGCGCUUUCAAAACCUUGUAUAUAAUGAAAACUCUGAUGUUAUUUGUGUGAACGAGACAUGGUUGAAUAAUUCUAUAUCUAAUGAGGAAAUUUUGCAUUCCGGAUUCACCAUUUACAGAAAAGAUCGUAAAGACCGAUACGGUGGAGGAGUCCUUGUAGCGAUAAAAACGGAUUCUUUUAAAUCUGUGAAGGAGUUCUCACCUAAUGGAGAGGAAUUUGAAGAUUUACAAAUCGUAUCAACUGAAUUGCGAACUGUUACUGACAAGAAAAUUCUAUUUUGUUGUUGCUAUCGUCCUCCUAGUGCUGACCUGAGUUGGAUGGAUAAAUUUAAGAUCUUUCUGGAUACAAUCUGUGACCUCUACUAAGACGUUGUAAUUGCGGGAGACUUCAAUCUUCCAAACAUCCCAUGGAGAUCGAUAGAAAAAGCCGCUGGUAUUAACGAACUUUCCUUCCUUGAGUUACUGGAUGAUCAUCAUCUACUUCAACUCAACAACACUCCUACACGCGGAAAUAACAUACUAGACCUUGUUAUCACAAAUGCUCCAGACCAUGUCAAUGUGACACAGAUAUUGUCUCCGGAAGAAACAUCCAUUUUUACUGACCAUCAUACUAUCUCAUUCGAUUUCUCCGCAUUUAUCAAAAAACCAAGGAAGUCGGUCAGAACUGUAUACGACUAUACGAAAGGUGACAUGGUUGGUCUUUGUGCUGCCUUACGUGAAAUAGACUUAUCUACAACCAUUUUAGAAUCGUGUGAUGACAUUAAUACCGAUUGGAAGCGUUGGAAGGACACUUUUCUUUCAAUCGUUUCAGAAUUCAUCCCUAAGAAGCAAUUGAAAGGUAGAAAUCCGUUACCAUGGAUCAACGGCGAUAUUCUCCAUCAAAUUAAGAAAAAAGACUCUAUUCGACGAAGAUUGAAAGCCACUCCUACUGCACAUCUUCACGAGAAAUACAAGAGAAUGCGUUCUAAAGUUAAACGGUUACUUAGUGACAGCCGCGAGAAUUUCUUCUCCUCGGUUAACAACAACUUUAUUAACAAUCCCAAGCGCUUUUGGUCUGUACUUAAACAUAAAUCAAAAACUUGCAGCAUCCCCGAUUUCAUUUCAAUGCCUGCAGCACUCAACUCCUCCGAUCAAAUUCACAUUAGACCUAGCGCAACGAGACCAGCUGAAAUAGCCAAUAUGUUCAAUACUUACUUUGCAUCAGUAUUUGCAACAGACAACUUAUCUGAUCAAUCUGAAGAACUAAGUACUGACCCAUUCAUAUCUGAAGUAAUUGUAAGCGAACUGGAAAUUGAAACUUUACUUAAAACCCUCGAUAGCAACAAAGCAACCGGUCCAGAUGAAAUUCCAGCCAGACUACUCAAAGUGACUGCCUCCAUUAUUGCUCCCUCUCUUUGUAAAUUAUUUAAUAAAUCAUUACGCCUUGGCACGGUUCCAGAAGAAUGGAAGCUAGCAAAUGUUGUACCUGUAUUUAAGAAAGGUGAAAAAGAUCACUGCGAAAACUACAGACCGAUCUCACUCUUAUCGAUUGUUUCGAAACAGCUAGAACGUUGUGUCCUUAUGAACAUCAAGUGCCAUUUGUCCCAGAUUAUCUGCAAGUGUCAACACGGGUUCCUUCGAGGUAAAUCAUGUGUAACAAAUCUUCUAGAGGCAAUUGACUAUAUUGGCAGGAUUCUGGACAAUGGGGGACAGGUAGAUACGAUCUAUCUCGAUAUGUCUAAAGCCUUUGAUCGGAUUAAUCAUACGAAAUUAAUUACUAAACUGAGAAAUUACGGCUUCGGUGGUAAUUUACUAAAGUGGUUUUAG